AUGGGUCAGAAAGGUAAAAACUACUUCACCGAAGAAAAAUAGAGGGAUUGUUUUGCCCGAUGAAGCGACAGAAGUAUUGAUUGAACUUUGGGGAGAGGAAACUAUACAGAUUGCUUUAGAAAAUGCUAAAUGUGCGAAAAAGCCCGUGAAGAAUAUCGAAGAACAACGGUAAAUUUGACAACAAAUUUUAGCUUGCUAGUUGACAGUCGAGAAAACACGUCAUAUAAGAGCAGAACUGGAAAGAAGAAGCCAUGGAAAUAUUUUGGUAAAAUGGAUGAAAUUCUUGGAACAAGACCAAAUACACGACCCCCUAAGGUAAUAGACACCUUAUGAACAUGCUGGAUAUGACAUUGGUCACAUUGCCAGUGAUAGUGAUAGUGAAGGAGACCAUGAAAGUAUAAACGACGGUGUGUUUUAUUUUAAUAAUAUCAUUUAAAUGUAUCUACCUAAUGCAACCACUGGCGGACACUAGGGGGGGGGGAGGGCUGAGCCCCCCCCCUAUAAUUUUGAAAGACUGUAAAAAUCUUGUACCAAAUAACACAAAUCACACAUAUAAUGUAAUUGUCAUAUAAUACCAUUAAUUAAAACAUUGUAAUUUAAUACCAUUAUUUAAAACAGUGUUUUGAAAACCUAGUUUCUUACAAAAUGUGCUCUCAGAAUGCUGCAAAUGCCAUUUUCGGGAUCAAAAUUUUAAAAAUUUUCCGGGGAGCAUGCCCACGAGCCCCCCAAUAUUUCAUAAAGUGUCCGAUCCGCCACUGCAUUUGACUUUGCAGUCUUUGCUCUGUGGUUUUAUGCAUUGGGAUAUAUGGAUGUUUUCUGGAAUGACCCAUUUGUAGGACUGUUAUGAUAGAUAACAAUAUAUCAAUUUUUUCAGACACAGGCGAAACAAGUGAAAGAGUGAGUGACAUAGUUGAACAGCCUGACCAAACCAGUAAAUAUGCUGAAGAAGCUCCAAAUUGUUCUGAAACCGCUGAACAGGACAAUUCUGAAAACCCAAGUAGCAGCAUCAAAGAAGACACAUCAAUUGUGAUUUGUAAGCAGCCGAUGGUAAAAAGAAAGAAAAUGAGCAAUUUUGAAAGGGAAAUUGCAUUAAUGUGCAAAACAUUAAAUGAAACAUCUGAGAAGGAAAUGAAGAGGUUAGCGGUUUAUAUAUUUCCACAUGUGAACAACCCCAGGAUAGCCAUUUGUAGGAUCAUCAGGGAAAUGCUAAUUCCGACGAUCUACAGAUUUCCAAAAUUUUCUCACACCGCAUCAACCAUGGUGGCGCCUCGAAGGAAAUUUGACCCUUUAAGUGGCAAUGCACCCUGAUGCGCCCUAGUAUUUUACUCUGUCUAACGCCAGAAGAUUUUACUCGUCCAGUGGAAAGACAGUGCUGCCACUCGAUGAAUGGUCAAUAAAUAUAGUUUCCCCAAAUACACGACACAUGGAGACCACUACAUUCCUCACCCCAGACUGCUGCUAGCUAGAUGUUCUUUAUUUAGUUUAUUGGGGGUUAUUUUGAACCUUUCUAACUCCAUGUUUCGUUAGAGUUAAAUUAACCCCCAACUAACCACUAAUUGUAAUUCGAAUUUUAUAUGUUAGUAAAAAUUGUUAGAAUUUGUUGACAAAGUUUCCUCGUGUAUAUAGAAAUGGAUGGUGUCGGCAAUGGGGUGGGGGGAGUGGGGGGUUAAAAAUUAGCGGAAGGGUGUCAAAAAUUAGCAAUAACCACUACAGGGGCCUAGAAAAAAGAACUAUUUUCAAGAUGUCUUCAUCCCCCUCGCACAAUCAAAUGCUUUGAUUUGUUAUGUGCUACACCUUCAUGUGCUUUAUUUAACUUAAUUAGCUUUAUCUUGUUCUUUAAUUACGUUUGGCAGAAGUUUAAAAACAGAAAAUGAAGGGUAUCAAAAAGAAAUGGAUUUCCAAUUAAAGAUCUAGAAAAUCAACGUCGAUUACAAGAGAGGGAACAUGAAAUGAGAAUCGUUAGCCUUUUGAUGGGAAAUAACAGGCAAAGCCAAAAUGUACCACAGCCAUUAAGCCAGUAUCGCCGAAACCAGUUACAAGAUAAUUUUAAUGGUUUCUCACAUAAUUCAUCUUAUAUCAACCAACUCAACUCAACUCCUUUGAAUAUAUCUGAUAUUUUAUCAGACACUGGUUGAUCAUCAAACAUUGAGGAGGGUUUCCAUUCCUAUUAUUCUCUAUGAAUAUUGUUGUUAUAAUGUAUUUGGUUAUAUUUUAUUACUGUUUGAAUGUGUACAAACAGGGGUACAUCAGUGGUGUAUAAGAGGGGGAUCGCUUUUAGGUAAAGCAUCCCUUACUUACGUUCAUGGGAUUUGCUCUAUAAAACUAUUUCCGUUAAAAAGUUUUUCACAAACUCGUAUGCAUUUUGCAUCAACUUUAGUACAUACCUAAUACAGACAUUGUUUCAAUUGAAAAUGCCUUUUAUAAUUUCUGAGAGAUCAUCCUUGGUUAUAUGCCAUGGAGAGCCUUUAUAUAAAUUCAGUUAGGAACAACUGCAGUACGUUGUUAUAGUUGUAAUUUACCAAUACAUCAAUAAUUACUGUAUUGUUUAAUAGAUCAAAUUGUUGGGUUUUUCAUUUUAUGUUUGUGUUGUUCAUCAAAAUUGAACUGAAUAAAUAUACAAUAGCAUUAGAACUUUUUCAUCUUCCAAAGGGUUUUUUACCCUGUCUAACACCAUGCAGAUGAUUUGACAUACAAAAGGGUAAUAUCACUUGGUGAUGAUAAAUUGUGAAUUUAAGGCAUAUUGAUUUCCUGUUUGUUUUUUCAAUAAUAUAUAAAUUGUAUUUCUGGUACACAUUAAUGUGUGUGUUUGGAACAAUAAAGACAAACAAUACUACAUAAACAAAUAUAUAAUUUAUGCCACGUACAAUAUUAAUUAAAUCAACUAUGUGAAAGCACACUUAUAGAAAUUGACUUAAUAAACAGUCCAUAACAGACUGUUCAUAGAACAAAUUUAAUGUUGACAUCAACAUUUGCACUAGGUGUAGGAAACUCUUUAUAAGGGUAUAUGUCUAGUGUUCAUAAAGGAAGACAAAGUAAAUAAACUGGGGACUUAGUAAACGAAAUUCUGAUCACGGUAUGUAAGUCAACAUCGUUUAAUACUUUUGAAAACAGCGGGAAAGUGUGUGUUCAAAAUAUCCCUGUGCUUAAUAGUCGGGACACUGAUGGCAUGACUAAUUCAUCACACACACAAACCUCGUACGUUUCGUGUAGCGCAGAUAAAGAUAUGUGCAAACAACCGAGUCCGAAAUAUGUUGAUCAAUCUUCCCAAACUGUUGAUCCUAACAUCGAACAAUGUUUGUGUGUUGACUUGUUAUCUGAGUUUGGUAACAUGAAAAUCAAUUUCGAAAUUAUAUUAACCAGAGUGGAUGCUCUACAAUCGCUGGCAAAUACGCAAGCCAUAUAUUUUAAUAAUGACAACAUUGCGCAUCUUGAAUCUGUGCUCGAUGGGGAGGGAAGAAAAAGUACGAAAUCAGAACCCACAAUAAGUCUAAUGGAGAAGGAAAAGAAUUCUGAAAUUGAGGCACUUAAAAGCAAAAUUAAUUCCUUGGACAUGAAAUUGAAAAAAUGUUUAAAGGAUUAUGAUGCUAACUCAAAUCAAUCACCUAUUGUUAUACCUCUAGUGCCUAUUGUCUCUCCACAACCGCCUAUUGUUCCACCUCAAGCGCCUAUUACUCCCUCGUUGCAUGUUAACAAAAGGGAUCAAGAUCAAACCCUCGAAUUGCAAAUAUCAGGUCAUGCCAAUAAAGAGUUCCUGAAUAAAUUACCGCUGUGUGAUACUCAAGGUUUUAAAUAUAAACAAGUAAAUAACCAAAAAUAAUUACUGACGGUCAUAAUAACCUAUUGUUUUCUGUCUGCUUUAUAUCAGCGAAUGUCGAGAAGUUUUAGCGUUCUUCUGAAAAACGGGAGCGGUGUUUUUUGAUUGUAGGGAAAUUCCCAGGGGUAAAUGUUUAUACGGGCUAAAAUAGCACACAGCAUUAUUAAAAACAAUGCAGCGUACACACAGCAUUAUUAAAAAUAAUGCAGCGUGCACACAACAUUAUUAAAAAUAAUGCAGCGUGUAUCAGUGCACACAGACAUUAUUCACAAUCCUUCGUCAUCCUGACAAGUACACGCGAUAACGUGAACAUCUCAAGAUGAGAAGUUGACAGUGCUAAAGGCCCCUCAUACAAUAUCAUCGGGCGCCUGAAGCACUGCCAAAACGGUCACUGUGAGUCCUUUCAGCUCAACUUUAUAGAGAAAUAGUUUCGUUUUUACGCUUGUGGGAUUUUAUUCUAGAUAUACGCAUGUGCAGAACACACCAUUAAUUCUAUUCCCGUGUUUAUCCAGUUUAAUACGCUCUUUGAAUUAACCUUAUCAUUAAUGAUAAUAUGUAAACUAGAACACUAUAAUUGACCUCCGCUUGUGGAGAUUUUAAUUUAGGGCGAUUAAUUAAACUGAAAUCUGUUCUAUCACGAUUCAUUACAUGCAUGUCCUCACAAAUGUCUAGUGUAACGUUGGAUAGAUUCAUUGUCAUACGGUCCCAACAAGCAGCAACGUAGUCUUCCAGCCGAAAAUAAUUACUUUUGAUUCGGGUCAGUAAUUAUAAUAGAUAAUUACUUCGGCCAAACGGCAUUAUUCGAUAUAUUGCAGCCAGCUUCGGCCUUCGGCCUCAGCUGGCUGCAAUACAUCGAAUAAUGCCGUUGGCCUCAGUAAUUAUCUAUUAAUGAAACAUCAUUAUUACCGCAGCACGUUAUGACUCCAUGCCAAUCUUUGGAAUCAAAUAGUCCCCUUUUAUCCAUCAGAUCUAGGAAAUUUUUAGGAAAAAUUCCAAAUGGUCUCAGACACGGUAUAUAUCAAUCUAAAACCUCAAAUCUGGAAACAUCAUUAUUACCGCAGCACGUUAUGUCUCCGUGCCAAUCUUUGGAAUCAAAUAGUCCUCUAUUAUCCAACAGAUCGAGGAAAUUUUUAGGAAAAAUUCCGAAAGGUCACAAACACGGUAUAUAUCAAUCUAAAACCUCAAGUCUAAGGGAUUUUAGGCAACCUCAACGUAAAAUUGCUCCUUUUCGAAAGAGCCCUGCCAAUUAUCGACCCCCGCGUAUUGUCUUGGAAAAACAAUCUAUGGAAUGGGCAGUUUAUCUACAAUUUGUGAGUCAAAUUACUCAUAAAUCAACACUAGUAUAGAACCACCCAAGAGUUUUACAUCAUGUGAAGCGGAACUGACCGAGUCCAAUUACCGAAUAGAAACUUUCGAACAUGAGUUUACAGAAAUUAAUAAAACCAAAGAAUACUUGAAUAAUUUAUCGGAAAAUUAUAACACCACUUGCAUUUCGAAGGCUUCAAACAUCCCCUCAUGUCCUCCUAAAAACCUUACAGAUUCCCACCAGGUACCUUCUACCAUGAUCCCCGUUCGGAUUACUGCACGUGAUUACCGAUCUAUCCGCAAUUAUAAUUCUGGCAUACUCAGUAAUUGUCGUAACCUUCGGAGAAUUAAAUUAGGCAGCAAUGACUCGUAUACCUUCUUACCCUACUUGUUCCUAUCCAACUCGAGGUCAUUUUGUCAAUAAAAUCGAUGAGCUGUCUGGAACUGUUUCUUUGCUUUCUUUGGAUAUUCUGGUCAUUACGGAAACUUGGCUUUCUCCUAACGUCAGCAAUUCAGCGAUAAAUCUAAAUGGCUUCGCCAUAUUCAGGCGUGACCGACGUGAUGGUAGAAGAGGUGGAGGUGUUUGUGUCUAUGUAAACGAUCGUUUGCCAGUGGUUCAUCUUAAGGAACUUUCACAUCCCGAAGUUGAAUCGUUAUGGCUCCUAAUAAAACCAAGUCGACUACCACGAGGAAUUAAUUCAAUCAUUUUAGCUGCAAUUUACCAUCCACCGAAAAGCGACGAUAGGGUCUUGUUAACACACCUUAUUGAGUCCCUCGACAGUGCAUUAACAUCCUAUCCUGCGUCAGCUAUCAUCAUUGCAGGCGAUUUUAACCAAUUUAGGCAGAGUCAACUAUGUAACUUGUUUUCCCUUAAACAGGUUGGUAAGCAUGCAACAAGAGGAUCCAACAUCUUACAUAAAAUAUUUACAAAUGCGUCCAAAUUUUAUAACGUUCCUGAGAUUCUCCCACCUGUCGGUUUCUCUGACCAUAACUCAGUGUUGAUAAAACCGCUGAAGCAAUGUAUGAACUCCCGGAGUACUCGAAUGGUCAGAGACACGCGAUCCUCUAAUCGGAAGUUAGUCUUCGAGGCUUUGUCAAGUAUAAAUUGGUCUCCCCUGUAUAGUAUGGACUCUUGCAACGAUAAGUUUCAUUACUUUUCAUUCAUUGUUAAUGGCAUUGUCGACCAGUACCGAUGAAACGUAUAAAAUCGGAUAGUUGUGAUAAGCCCUGGGUAACAUCUGAGAUCAAAAGAUUAAUCUCCAAACGUCAAGCAGCUUGGAAUAGCGGAAACAAUAUCAUGUUUCGUGACACUUUCGUCUCUACAGAAACAAAUUAAAUACGCUUUGCAAGAGAGCUAGUUCAAGAUUUUACAACAGUAAUGUCGCUGAUUGCUUUGAAUCAAAUCCGCAUAAGUGGUGGUCCAACAUAAAAAACAUAGCUGGCCUUGGUACAACGAAAAAUGUUUCCACUAUCAAUCCAUACUUAUGGUGAACGACCUGAAGGUCUCUGACGAUUCUGUUAAAUUCGUAGACGACACUACUUUAUGGGAAAUAAUUACGAGCGCCCAAUCGUCUGCUUCAGUCUUACCGGCACAAAUUAGUGAAUGCUCAAGUUGGGUGGCCAAAAACAAUAUGAAAUUGAAUCCCACUAAAACCAAGGAAAUUCGAGUAUGUUUUUCGACUUAUGAUACUGCAGCACUUCCUCCACUUAUCGUUGAUGGCUGUAACAUUUCUGUCGUGUCACAUGCUAAACUACUCGGAUUAAUCAUCUCCGAAGACCUCAAGUGGGUUCUUCAUGUUGAUUUCAUUUGUAAGAAAGCUGCGAAGCGUCUGCAUGCUACGAUUAUUAAAGAGAUCUUCCAUUCCAUCAAGCAAGUUAGUACGAGUGUUUAAUACAUGCAUUAGACUAAUUUUAGAAUACUCGUGCGAAGUAUGGCAUCACAGUUUGCCCCAGUAUUUAAGUGAUCAGAUCGAAAGGAUCCAACGCAGAGCCCUACGAUUAAUCUUCCCAGAUUGUUGUAAUGAUAUUGCUAUGGACCGCGCCGGUGUGGUGUCGUUAUUCAUACGGAGAGAGACGAUCUGUAAGAGAUUUUUUGAACGAAUGCGUACUGACGAAGCACAUAAGUUACAUUCCCUUGUCCCUUCCAAUCGGAAUACAGAAUAUUCCCUUCGUGGUGGUAAUAACAAACUAUCAAUACCUAGGUGUAGAACUAAUAGAUAUGCAAAUAGUUUCAUAAUUGCUGGAAGUAAUGCUUUAUUGCUUUUAACAUUAGUAAAACUUAAUAUAAUUAACCAUGUAAUUAUUACUAUAAUAAUUCUUAAUCUAAUUUAUUUUGUAUUUUAUCCUUUUAAUCUUGUAAACCGAUGUAAUUCAGUCCUUGACUGCUAAAUUGGUCUUUUAAUAAAUCUUUAUAUUGUUGACAGCUAUGAAACAAUGUGGGCAGCAAAACAUUGUUCAAUCCUGUUUUCAUCAAUAUUGCAUCAACCUGAGCGUUUUUGCCGUGUAGGUAAUAUAAGUAAGCAUAAUACUUGAUGUAAUCGGUCACUGAAAAGCCCCGAUGGGGAGUGAGCUGAAUAAUCAUAAUCAUUUACGCGAGGGCUAGUUUAUCGCGAAUAUAGUGAUAAAGGUAAUUAACAUUUUAGUGUGGCCUGCCCCUUGAGCAGCCUUAUUUUUCAACAUUUUGCGAGCCCUGGUCGAGCCCGGAAUCCUUUUUAGAGGGAAUUACCGAAAAGGAGCUGUCAAUACAUUUGAAAUUGACCGUCAUGUGCUUUGCCCUCGCAGCUAGCCACAGUGCACCAAUGUGUUUGAAAUUGAAUUCACUCCGCAUUUUUCGCGCAAGUACCGGCCCCAACUCAAUAAAAUGAUUGUUAAAUUUUCUGCAAUAAGUUCGCGAGUAAUUUUUUAUGACAUUCACAAAAAGUAUCAUGCAUAGGAAGUAAUGGACCAUUUGCAUUAUAGACUAAAUUUUGAUCUAGACAAAAAUUUUGGCAGCCCAAUCGGGUGUUGGGGCAUCAAUUACCGUUUGUAAUGCAAAAUGACUGAAAAUUAUAUAUUGCAAAUUUCGCAAGGCUAUAUUAUCCGCAUUUUACAACAUUUCGCAACAAAACUUUGGAAUAUUACUGAUUUUGUGAUGCUCUUACAAGCUGUAAUGCAAUUUUUGUCUAGAUCAAAAUUUAGUCUAUAAUGCAAAUGGUCCAUUGAUGGACUUCACAAUCCUAAUGUGGCUUGCUUGGAAAGCUCUUGUCAAUCUAAACAAAUAGUCGUCCGGAUUAUCUCAAAAAGCGUUCACGGUCAGGAAUCGACCGGAAGCCAAAUGGCUAAGGACUGUCUAUUCAAUAAGCGUGUUCUUCACACAACAAAUAAAUUAUACUUGUCGAUCUCAUGCAAACUAAAAAGGAACGCUGGUUUAAUUAUUUGCUGGUUUACAUAUCGAAAGGUGUUCAGAUAAAAUGAUUGAGGUGUUUUCCACAAACCAAAAAAUAAUGCAUCGUAGUUUAUAUACAACAGUAUCAACAAUAGUAACAGUAUUAAAAUGUUUCCUCUUUUUAUUUUAUAGAAAUUAAACGUAUCCAGUGGUACGUUAAAUGCUCAACGAUGGACGGGCAUGCUGAUGAGACUGGUCAUAUCAUAUCCUUAUGUAAAUUUGAAGACAAAAGAUACAAGGAACAAAUAUUGCACGAAGUAAUAGCUGCUAUCUGCGCUAUGCUGAAUAGUAGUGGGGGAAAAGUGGUAAUAGAUAUUGAUACUGGUCACAACGACAUCCCAGUGGAAAGUUCCCGUUUCUCUCAAAUAUCAUCAGUAAUUCGAAUACUGGAACAAUCAAUGACAUCUAUCAUUGGAUUCCACCAGACCAACUCGAAAAUAAAGUUCAAAGAAGAUAAAGAUCGUAUUGUCAUUUUCGUCAAACAAGCGGAUUCUUUAAUAACAACUCGUUUUAACCUUUAUUUACCAAGUGAUAAACAAGUUGUACAAGUGUCUCCUUUGGAACUGGAAAACGUCAAGGACAAUAUCAUCAACAGAAAAGUCGUUCUGGAACCAGUCGAACGUGGUUCACAUUGUGAGAUGUUUCUUAAAGGUAAAAACUGUGGUUUUCAUGAAACCAAAUGUAUUCAGUUAAAGCUUCUACAAGCAGCUGCAUCAACACGUACCACGCUAGCAGAUCGUAUGAUACGUAAAGGCAAUAAAUUCAGUUGCUAUGUUUCAGCGUUUGCCAAUUAUAACGGAGGUCAUAUCUACUAUGGUAUCACAGAUGAUGGAGUUGUUGAAGGAGAGUUGACUCCGAAUGAGACAGCAGACAAACGUGAGAUAACAAAUAAAGUUAAGCAGGUCAUCAACGAGAUGAUCUGGCCCAAGCACAUUGUUCAACCAAAACGAGGGAAACACUGGGAAAUAUUCUUCGAGCCAGUGAUAGAUAAAUAUUUCAACGCUGUCCCAUCAACUUUUGUCAUCGUGAUCUAUAUCGCACCUUGUCUGGGUGGUGUGUUCACUGAAGAACCGGAAUGUUACGAAAUGAUGGAGGGUGACGUUAAAAAGAUGUCGUUCACCACUUGGAUAAUGCAAACUUGUUCUCCUCGGAAUAAUUAUACUGGGUGUAUAAAAAAGGUAACUCAUAUUUAGCGUGCUUUUGUGAUUCCAGUAUUGCGUGUAUAGAUUUAAUUUUUUCAUAUUAGUAAAGAUUGGGUUUAAUCCGUUGAAUGAUACCAUUUUUAGUGCAAAGUUGACGAAGUCAAGUUUGUACUAUUGUGAUGGGGUGCAAGGCAUUACGUCAUUACGUGACUCAACAAUGGAUGGAUGGAUGUAUAGUGUAAACAAUUUAAUCCGGGGGGAGCGCUUGUAAAUUAUUUCCGUAGCUUUGCAACGUUCGGCCAGCAUUCGGCCAGUUCGGCCAGUAGUUCAAUUUCUCCUUCAUGAUAUAUUCUGAAUGCGCAAUGAACUAACUUGGAGGCCCACAGAUCGGCAAAAAAAAUGUAAACAAAACACGCGCAUGAGCAGAACGGACUUGGCAGCCUCUUUAAUGAUAUGGUAUUACAGUGGUGGCACUUUGCGAAGUAUUGCAGGGGAACGAUUUAGGUUGCCACCACAUUACCAGCAUUGGUUGCAAAUCUCAGUUUUUGCCCUAAAUUUCAUGUAUAUUUGCUUACUAAUCUGUAGCCGUUCAAUGCUUUCGUGGUUAUAUGUCCUAUUAUCCCAUUGAUGACCCUAGUGUCCGCCAUUGCUUCAUCAAUUUAUGAAUAGUUUAUGAACUAAUACUAUUAAUAAAUUUAUUUCUAGAAGAAUGACGGCAGACUACGCAAUAGUACUUCUCGUCCCCGAGAUGUAAACAAAACACAGAAAGCAAAACAUCAGGUUAAGAAUGCAAAGUCACAAAACAUCGAAAGAAAUUCACAGGUAUAUACAAGUACGAUUCCUGCAAUAUGAUGUUGACAUAAGGGUACUCCACUACUUUGGUUUCCUUCUGCAGCAACAUUGUACGAAUAAGAAUAUCCGUAGUCUGACUAUCAGGUAAUUUUCCUUUAAAGGCAGGUGGAUAGAAUUUAAAGCGAGCCUCACACAAAUCCUUACCUGCUGCAUGUAAAACAAGCCAAAAUGCGGCUUUUCAUUUGAUUGGUCUGUCAGACAAGGAAAUUUUCAUCUGACUUUUUGAUUGGUUAAUGCUGAGAUAUGAUACUGGUAUUCAUGAUAUAUUGAACAGUUUAAUUAAUUGAAACAGCUGUAUGUACAAACGUUUUCACAUGAUUAGAACAUUAAAUAGUAUAUUUUAUUUUCCAGGACAAAACUGAGAAUGAAGAACAACAGCAGAAUAUGAAUAAACGUGACUCCGUUGAGCUUGAUGUUCAGUCGACAAGCGAAUCUCUUCUCGAUGAAACGCCACUUGGUGUCCAUAAUAUAGUGGAAACGUCAAAAGCAGGAUCUGGAAAUGCAUCUAUGGUCAACAUCAAAACUGAGGAUGAUAUUAAAAUGGACUUCGAAAUGCAAGAGAAAAUGGAAGCAGCUAAAAAAGCAUGGGAUCACAGUUUCUCAUCUUGCCCUAUACAGACAUCCCAGUGGAAUGCAUUAGUAACGAAUGAUGAAAAUACCGAGUCAGCGGAGGUUUCGGUUGUGGAUCAAAUCCCCAUAUCCGCAACUGAAUCUGAGGAAAGCUCUGAACCUCUUGUUACAACGCCCAGAUUAAAGAAGCCAAUAGCCGGUGAACAACAAAAUGUUUGUAAAGUAAAACCACAACAGCAGCAGCAACCUGUAAAACCUCAACCUGUUCCUUCUGAAGUACCCGAGGAAUACCCGACUGCGACUACAAGACCCGUGUUAGAGAGUCCAGCGCAAGUUAGUUACACCGUGCAACCACAUCAAGCGGCUAUCUUCACCUCAAAACCAGCACCUCAAGGGUUUACAUAUUCCUUUGAGCAACAAACACUUGUCCCAAUUAGCCAUCAGUAUGUCCAAACAGAUAUGUCGAGCAUACAGCGACAUCACGUUUCACCUGUGCGGCCACAGACACUACAUGCCGCGUCACAAUCACCCCCACAACGUGCGGCAACGUACCCACAGGGACAAUCUGUCAGUACGCCAUCACCACUCUCCCAUCAACCUUUAAUACAAGAUAGCUAUCGCGCAUUGAUGCAACCAACUGCCUUGGAUUCGACAAAUACAUAUGCAGGCAAUCAGUAUUUCCCUAUAUCAGUUGUAAGACAUGCAGCCCCACCCCAAUUUCCGGCAACGAUCAGCGAAGAUAUCAGCAAUUCCAUGUACACUGUACAAGCUCCAAAAUCUCAAAAUCCAAGCCAUGGUUAUGAGACUGCAACAACCCAACAAGUUUUCUUACCAGUUGAACAACAGCCUUACCCAGACUACGUGCAACCACAGCGUCAACACCCUAUAGGAUUUUAUAGUAAUAACACAAACCAAGCGAAUAUCGGUGGUAUGCCGGUACACGUGACCAAAUCAGUGACAUUCCCUUCAAGUGAUAAACAAGUACAGCACCAGCAUGAUAGUCGAAUACAGUCAGGACGACAGGAACAAUCUGAGAUGUCGAAACCUGUCCAUGCUAAACUAUUUCAACCUCCAACUAGUAGUCCGUCCGGACGUGCUACCCACCAGAUUGCCCGCAACGUUCGCCAGGUACAGACGUAAAAACGCACAAGUUGUUACAGGUCUGCAAACAAGUUGUUGCAAAUCUGUUCCCAAGCUGUCGACAACUUGUCUUUGCACUGCUUGUUCCCAGUUGUUGUAACAAGUUUGGAACAAGCUGUUAACAACUUGUAACAAACUUGAUGGCAUUAUCAGACUUGUUACAAGGUUCUUCUAACAAGUCUGAUACAGUCAUCAUAUAACAAGAAUGUUACAAGGUUGACGACACAAGGUUGUAAUAAUAUUGUUAUAUCAUGACUGUAUCAAACUUGUUGGAACAACCUUGCAACAAGUCUGAUAAUAUCAACAAGGCAUGUGGUACAACACGAUGGCGUCAACGCAUCCAGACAUGCGCAGAGUGUAAUGGGGUCAGAGUGCUGAAACAACCACAGGGGAAGUGAGCUUUGCAUUUAAAGCGAGCCUCACACAAACCCUUACCUGCUGCAUGUAAAACAAGCCAAAAUGUGGCUUUUCAUUUGAUUGGUCUGCCAGACAAGGAAAUUUUCAUCUGACUUUUUGAUUGGUUAAUGCUGAGAUAUGAUACUGGUAUUCAUGAUAUAUUGAACAGUUUAAUUAAUUGAAACAGCUGUAUGUACAAACGUUAUCACAUGAUUAGAACAUUAAAUAGUAUAUUUUAUUUUCCAGGACAAAACUGAGAAUGAAGAACAACAGCAGAAUAUGAAUAAACGUGACUCCGUUGAGCUUGAUGUUCAGUCGAUGAGCGAAUCUCUUCUCGAUGAAUCGCCACUUGGUGUCCAUAAUAUAGUGGAAACGUCAAAAGCAGGAUCUGGAAGUGCAUCUAUGGUCAAGAUCAAAACUGAGGAUAAUAUUAAAAUGGACUUCGAAAUACUAGAAAAAAUGGAAGCGGCUAAAAAAGCAUGGGAUCACAGUAUCUCUUCUGCAUCUGCAUCUAUACAGACAUCCCAGUGGAAUGCAUCAGUAACGAAUGAUGAAAAUACAGAGUCAUCGGAGGUUUCGGUUGUGGAUCAAAUCUCUAUACUUUCACCUGAACCUGAGGAAAGCUCUGAACCUCUUGUUACAACACCUAGAUUAAAAAAGCCUAUCGCUGGUGGACAACAAAAUGCUUGUAAAGUAAAAUUACAACAGCAGCAACAGCCUGUGAAACCUCAACCUGUUCGUUCUGAAGUACCCGAGGAAUACCCGACUGCGACUACAGGACCAGUGUUAGAGAGUCCAGCUAGUUACACCGUACAACCACAUCAAGCGGCUAUCUUCACCUCAAAACCAGCACCUCAAGGGUUUACAUAUUCCUUUGAGCAACAAACACUUGUCCCAAUUAGCCAUCAGUAUGUCCAAACAGAUAUGUCGAGCAUACAGCGACAUCACGUUUCACCUGUGCGACCACAGGCACUACAUGCCGCCUCACAAUCACCCCCACAACGUGCGGCAACGUACCCCCAGGGACAAUCUGUCAGUACACCAUCACCACUCUCCCAUCAACCUUUAAUACAAGAUAGCUAUCGCGCAUUGAUGCAACCAACUGCCUUGUAUUCGACAAAUACAUAUGCAGGCAAUCAGUAUUUCCCUAUAUCUGUUGUAAGACCUGCAGCCCCACCCCAAUUUCCGGCAACGAUCAGCGAAGAUAUCUGCAAUUCCAUGUACACUGUGCAAGCUCCAAAAUCUCAAAAUCCAAGCCAGGCAAAUCUCGGUGGUAUGCCGGUACACGUGCCCAAAUCAGUGAUAUUCCCGCCAAGUGAUAAACAAGUACAGCCCCAGCCUGACAUGCGAUCACCAUCAGGACGACAGGAACAAUCUGAGAUGUCGAAACCUGUCCAUGCUAAACUAUUUCAACCUCCAACUAGUAGUCCGUCCGGACGUGCUACCCACCAGAUUGCCCGCAACGUUCGGCAG